AUGCUGCAGCAAGAGCAGCAGCAGCAGCAGGAGCUCCUGCUGCCACACGAUUUGGCGUCACAGGAGCAGCAGCAGCAGGCGCAGCAGCAGCAGAUGAAUGGGAAGAUGCCAGUGGCUACAAAGGCUGCUGCAGCCACGGCGGAGGGGCCCUUGCAGCGGAUGGUUCGCGAGCUGCUGCAGCAGCAGCAGCAAACGGACAUAUCCCUUCUUUCAGAAAGCCUCAGAUGUCUCGACAGCCACGGGUGGGAGGAGCAGCAGCAGCGGCAGCCUCUCUCAGCAGCAGCAGCGCCAGCAGCAGCAGCAGCAGCAGCAGCAGCAGCAGCUCGCCCCGCAACGUCUGUAAACUUGUCUUUGUUCGUUCGGCGGCAGCGGCUCGGGGUGUACAGACAGCAGCUAGAGGCCCUCCGCCGCGUGGCUCCUCUGCUGCAGCAGCUGCAGCAAGCAGCAGAUUGUUUGAAGGCAACUCUAUCGGAGGCUUUGGGGCGGCUGGCAAAGAGCAGGCAGCACUUGCUGCCGCUGCUGCAGCAGCUGCUGGAGCUGCGGCAGCAGCAGCAGCAGCUUUCCAGAAAUGAGGCCCUUUGCAUUCAGCAGCUUGCAGCAGCAGCAACAGGGGCAGCAGCAGCUGCCACAGCAGCAGAACCAACGAGAGACACAAAUGCCGUUGGGGCUGCAUUCCAAGCGCUCCUUGACAUCUCGGGUCAGCAGCAAUAUUCGCUUCAGCAGCAGCAGCUGCUGCAGCAGAAUUGGAAAAACAGUUCUGAAGCAGCAACUGCAGCAACAACAGCGGCAACAGCAGAAGCAGCAGCAGCUGCAACAGCACAGAGCAGCGAGACAGGCAGCCAGUAUGCGGUCUUAUGGGAAGCUCUAGCGGACCUUCACACUCAUCCCACUUAUCUGCUGCAGUGUCUGCAGCAGCUGCUGCGUCUGCGGCGGCAGCUGCUGCAGCAGCAACUGCAGCAGCAACUCUUUGCAGAGGGCCCCUGGGGGGGCCCCAUGAGGUUUGCUGCAGGCAAAGAGGCGCCGAGGCCCCUCACCGCGGCGCUACGGUGGGUCCCGCGUGCAGCAGCAGCAGAAGCUGCUGUCUUUGUCUCCCUGCUGCAGCUGUUGUAUGCCCGUGGGGGAGCUGCUGCACUUGGAGUCCAGCAGCAGCAGCAGCAGCAGCAGCAGGAAAAGAGACACAGCUUCUCUGCCGACGCUGCAGAUGUAUGUGGAAGAAGCGAAGAGGCCGCAGAGUCCCAUUUUCCACUUGUAAGCCCGCAGCAGCAACAGCAGCAAGAACAGCAACAGCAACAGCAACUACAACCGCAAUUGCAGCAGCAGCAGCAGCAGCAGGUGCGGGGUUGGCUGCCGCUUUCAGACGCAGCAACUCUCCCCACUGAGGCUGGCAGCAGCGCGGCCACGCUACAGGAGCUGCUGGACCCAGCAGCAUUGCUAGAGGGGGCCCUUGAGGCUCUUCAGGGGCCCCUUGCUGCUCAGCUUGCUGCUGCUCUCGACGGCAGCAGCAGCAGCAGCUGUGGCAUCACAGCGUUCAAGAUAGGCUUGCUGCUAGAACAAGCAGCAGCGGCUACUGAGCAGGCAAUCGCUGCUGCCGUUCAGAACUCUCCUCAAAGGCGUCUUGAGAAAGAGCAGCAGCAGCAGCAGCAGCAGCAGCAGCAGCAACAGAGGCAGCCGCUGCUGGUGCGUUUCCUGUUGGAUCUUUCAACGAAGGCGCUGGAUACGCUCGAGACCCAGUGGGACUCCUCAGCGCUGCUGCUGCCGCAUGUCUCCGCAGCAGCAGCAGCAGAAUGGGCCCCUGCUGCUGAAGAGGGGGCCCCACCCCGCAGCAGUUUGCCUCCGUUUCUAACGGCCUUCGCCUCGCGCCUGCAAGACCUGCUGCUCGCGUACGCAGCUUCUCUUUCUCCUCUGCAGCAGCCUCGGCAGCAGCUCCAGCAGCAGCCCCAGCAGCAGCAGCAGCAGCAGCAGCAGCAGCAGCAGCAGCAGCAGCCGACGUGCGCUGUGAGUCGCCUGGAGACGCUGGUAGGCCGCGACGUGUCCCGGUGCCUCAAUUACUGUCUGCAAAUGGCUCACUUUAUGGACAAGGCCUCGAGCUGCGUCUUUCUUAUAAAUUCAUUUUCAUCUUUGAGGGCCUCGCUGCAGCUGCAGAGUGUGGCGUUCAUGUGGGACGCCAGCCUGCAGGAGCAAAAGCAGCUGCUGCUGCAGGAGCAGCAGCAGCUGCAGCAGCAGGUCUUGCUGCUGCAGGAGGCGGUGUCAAUGCCGGUGCAUCGGCAGCAGCGCCAACUGCUGACGCAGCUAAUAGAUGAACAGACAGAAGAGCUAGGCAACCUGUUAGGUUUGGGGCUUUACGGCAGCAGCAGCUUGAGUCGCUGCAUGCAAGAGGCACCUCCUGCAGCCGCUGCAGCCACUUCUGCUGCCGCUGCUGCUGCUGCUGCUGGCCCCACCCUCAGAGCUGGUGAUGCAUGCACGCAGUUCAUUGCUGCAGUUCUAGGCUCCCCGAAAGCCCUCGACAUGCCCCUCCUUGCUGCUAUAAACGAGGGGGCGGCCCGCCGCCGCACCCGGGCCAUUGCCUUAGGGCUGCUGCUGGCAAAGUACACAGAGCUCUACAGCAAAGCUGCAGCAGAAUGCACACAUCCACCCCCCCACUCGCCUCAGGAGCUCAAACUCAUACUAGACCUAUAG